GUUGUUUGCACCGGGACCACUGUAUGGAACUCUUUCUACGGGAAUAUUCCUCUGAAGCCAGGAGAUACUGUUCUCUGCCUUGGUACUGGGGGGGUGUCUGUCACUGGUCUCGUUCUGGCAAAGGCUGCUGGUGCCACUACUAUUAUCACAUCUUCUUCGGAGGGGAAGCUACAGUAUAUUCAGCAAAAGUACGGAGCUGAUUAUACCAUCAACUACAAGACCACUCCCAAAUGGGCAGAAGAGGUGCAGAAGAUAACCAACGGCAACGGUGUAGAUUACAUCCUUGAAAACGGUGGCUCUGGGACUAUCAAGCAGUCCUUAGAAGCUGUUGCCUACGGUGGUAAUAUUGCAGUUAUAGGCUUUCUUUCACCUUCUCUCCAGCAUACCAUGCCGGAUGUAGCCGGUCUUGCAUUGGCAAAAGGAGUAAUUGUUCGUGGUAUCAUGGUUGGUUCUAAGGAGCUGCUUGAGGAUGCUGUUCGAUUCAUCGGAGCUCGUAAUAUACCUGUCCCUGUUGAGAAGACUUUCAAGUUCGGCCGGGACCAAGUGGUUGAUGCAUACGCAUACCUUGCGAGUAGACAGCAUACAGGAAAAGUCUGUAUCGACUUUUAUUAG